UUACUAGUUCUGGCAAGUUCACAGGAGGUCAUAGAGACAAUAAAUAUAUCCCGUAUAUAUCCCAAAAAUGACUAAAUACAUUGAACACUGCAGGCGUCCACCAAGUUAUUUAGAUUCUUUAAAUCCAUUUGAGGCUGCCCGUUUGAGAAGUUUCCGUAUCUGUCCGUAUUUAUGGAAGAAGUCAGAAGAAUUCGUAGCAGCUGGACUUUCUUAUACUGGUGAAAGCGACAUAGUGAAAUGUUUCGAGUGUGGUGCGGAACUACGGAAAUGGAAACCGGAAGAUGAUCCGAUGGUUGAUCAUCAGCGGUUUGGAGAAUGUAGGUCUAUUCGUAAAAUUCCAUGUGGCAAUAUGCCGAUCGGUACAGAUCCUAGUGCAAUUCCGGCGUCUGUACCGGAAGGCGUGGAUGAAUGUGGAAUUUAUGUUCAGACAAACAUGCCUAAAUCCAGUCCAAACCAUGGAGAUCAAGUGAAUUUUAGAUUGAAAGAGCUUACGUCAAAACCGAAACAUCCAGAAUAUGUUAAUUAUGCUGCUAGAUUAGCGUCGUAUGAUAAAUGGCCCAAAGCAAUGUCACAAACUAAAGAAGAACUGGCAACUGCUGGUUUCUAUUACUCGGGAAGUGGCGAUGAAACAUUAUGCUAUUACUGUGGUGGAGGAUUAAUGCAUUGGGAUCCAUAUGAUGAUCCUUGGGUAGAACAUGCCAAGUGGUUCAAUCAAUGUCCUUAUUUGCUUGUAACUAAAGGACAAAAGUUUGUAAACAACAUUAAAAAACUAUAUACUAAAACAAAAACCGCUUCAUCUACAGCUAAUAAAUUGGAUAAGAGAAUGGAAAAAGAUAGUAGUGAGAGUAUUGCUGGUGAAAGUACUCGAAACUUGCUUCGUUCUGAAGAAACUAAUAAUGAAGAAACAAGUACUGUAUCAGGCAAGGCAAGCCCCAAGGAACAAUCUGUCCAAAAAAUACAGGGUGAUAAACCAUGCAAUAACGAUGCAACAUUAUGUAAAAUUUGCUUUAAUAGAGAAUUACAGAUCGCAUUUAUACCAUGUGGACAUUUAUUAGCGUGUGCAGAGUGUGCCAGUAAUAUGAAAACAUGUGGUAUAUGUCGUAAAGAUAUUGACAUUGCUGUACAAGUGUAUUUCAUAUAAGGAGUGUUUUAUCUUUAUAAUAAAGACCAUAUGAAUUUUGUA